AUGGCUCCGGCAGCUGGAAUCGGAGGUAAGGGCGGCACGGUCGUCGGUGUUCUCUGGGCUGAGAAUGCUAUUUGCUAUGUUCUCAUUGGCUUGCGACUCUACACUCGUCGCUACAUUCGAGGCUCAAUCGGCUGGGACGACUUGUGUCUGGUCGCUACAUCGGCUCUUAUGACCCUCUUCGCUAUCUUGACCACAGUCUCAGCUUACCACGGCAUGGGUCAACACUUUGGAGAUCUUGACAUACAGCAGUUUGCCGACGCAAUGCUAUGGCUACUAUGCUCUCAGUCUACAGUUGCCAUUGCCAUAGGAAUGGGUAAAGUGGCUGUAGCUGUCUUUCUGCUCCGUAUCGUAACGGCUCCUUGGCAUCGAUGGUUUCUCUGGUUCUGUAUCACCUCUAUGAUGGCACUGAGCAUCUUUCUCGCCAUUGCAAUUUUUGCGCAAUGCACACCCGUCGAGUCAAUAUGGAACCCUCUACUAGCGGACCAGAAGACGUGCUACCUCAGCUUGACAGUAGUAGCGUUCAUUGACUGUGCAUACGCCGCCGUGUUGGAUUUUGUAAUGGCUGGUUUCCCUUGGAUUGCACUUCGCGGAUUGAAUAUGAAGCGCAAGGAGCGAAUUGCUAUUUGCCUGUCGCUUAGCCUUGGAGUCUUUGCUGGUGUUUGUGGAAUCGUUAGAACAUCUGGUCUGAAUGCCCUGAACAAUUCUACCGACUAUCUUUAUGCAACAUCCGACUCCGUCAUCUGGACCGCCAGCGAAGUAACAACAACUUUAGUCUGCCUUACGCUACCCGCCCUUCGGCCCCUCUAUAACAAGGUGCGUGGCCAGGAAUCGAGCUCAGGUGGCUAUCGACAGCAUGAUGACUCCAAUUAUGCUGCAACCGGGUCGUAUAAUCUCAAUUCUUAUCCGGGAGUUCGUAAGGACGGUGUUGGCCUUGGAAAAAACAACUUGACCAAUGUUGAGGCAGGCCAGACAACGCUCAAGAAUAAUAGUGAUGAGUCUGUUCUUCUGCAAGGCCAUGGUAAGAGAGACAUUAUGCGAGUGCAAGAAAUCAGCGUAUCAUAUGAGAACGCAACUUUGGACAACAAGGCUGUAACUAGGGAAGCUGUCUAA